GAGGGUUUCUUUUCAGGUGAUUCAGGGAGCAAGGAAAAUGAAGCAUGUCAGAUGGAGAUGGAUGAGGAAGAGAUAGAUCUAUCAGAGAGGACAGACAUGGGGGAAACAGUUAUGCUGGACGGGAACACAAAUGACAUGUGCAGCACAGAAAAUAUCAAUAUGCAAAAUCUGUUGAAAGUUGGCUGGGAUGAUGAUGCUCUAACUAAAUAUAUCCACAAGAUUUGGUCCAAAAAGAGAAAUGACAGUGUUGAGCCAUAUCUGCUGUCAAAAACAUGUGGUGUGAGCAUUAACAACAAGUCACUCAUCAGUGCAAACAGUUUGAUAACAGAGGAAAUAAUUGAUGCUUACCUUGGGAUUAUUUGUGGUGUAAGUAAACAAUACCAUUGGUUCAAAAUUUGUCAUUUAAAAGCCAUAAUGUAUGAACUUAUUAACUAAUAUGUAUUAAGAAAAUAUACACAUGUUUAUUGCAUAGAUAUAUUUGCUUUUAAAAUGACAAUUAUUUGUAAAAGAAUCCAAACUAAUCAUAAAAAAAUACUCUGU